AUGAUGGGGAUACAGCACCUUCUGCUUCUUUUCAUUUACUUAGACCCGCUGAAUGUCCUGUGCGCCGCCACCGCCAAUAAAAAGAGCAAAACCCCGCCGAGGAGGAACCCAAAGGUGAAGGAGGUCAACGGCAGCACCACUGCGGUCCCGCUGGCCGCGGUCGUCCCGGGGAGGAUCACCCAGGUCCAGGCUCCCUCGGUCCAGCACGACACCUGCCUGGGCUACUACGACGUGAGCGGGCAGUACGACAAAGAGUUCUCCUGCAACAACACCGACCACCGCUUCUGCUGCGGCAGCUGCUUCCUGCGCUUCUGCUGCGCGGACCGGGGGAAGCGGCUGGAGCAGAAGAGCUGCACCAACUACAACACGCCGGACUGGAUCAAAACCCAGCCCCCUUCCCCGGCGCCAACAGGUGACACGUACGAUCCGGAGCUGGACCAGACCAACACCACGGUGUACAUCAGCUGCGGGGUCGUGGCGCUCGUCAUCGCCAUUGGGAUUUCUGCUAAAGUUGCCUAUGACAAAGCCACCAAGCCGCCUCAGGAAAUGAAUGUGCACAGAGCCCUGGCAGACAUUCUGAGGCAACAAGGACCAGUUCCAAUAUCUCAGUACGAGCAUGAAAACAUGGCAGCGAUUGAUGGGUCGCCCAAAGACGAGACGCCGGUCAGAACCUCGAAGAAUCAUUACACACCUGUCCACGCCAAGGCGUCAAACCACGGCCACUAUGGGAAAGAAAACCUGCGCAGCGGCGGCCAAGACAUGCACAACUUCAUCUCGUCCGGGUUUGUGACGCUCGGGCGCAGCCACUUGAAAGCGCAGCACUCCAUCGACGAGUCGGGGCAGAUGUCCUGGCAGGGCGAUCUGGACAUCCCCCUCUCCUACGGAAACCACCACCAUGACUACCAGCACAGCCACCUGGAUCUGACCGCGCUCACACCUAAGAUGGCCCACAGACAAAUGAGAUAUGAGAGACCCCAGCGGAUGAACAACAUCCUGACCUCAGCCACGGAGCCCUACGACCUGUCCCUCUCCAGAUCCUUCCAGAACCUCAGCCAUCUGCCGCCCUCCUACGAGCUGGCCCUCAAGUCUGACUUAAGUAAAUACUCCUCUUCCCUCCACAGAUUAAGUGAUAAGGACAUCGAUGAGUACUACACGAGGAAGCAUCAUCAUUCUGACUUUGGCGGCCAGGGUCCGACCCACAUGGUGAAGCUGAACGCAGAUCACCAGCAGCACCAGCAGCGGCAGCGUCCCCGCCGAGUCCAGAGGGCCAUGUCCCAGGACCACGUCCUGUCUCCUCCCAGGACACCACGCCGCGGGGACUACGGUUUAUCUUCGUAUGGAGUCAUGGCGGCCGCUGUGUACAGCAGCAGCCGGCACCUCUCAGAGGAGCAGCUGCUGUCAGCGGACCGCCUCCACUCCCAGGAUCCCUUGCUGUCUCCGGCGAUGAGGCGUGACAAGUUCCGGGAGAAGGCGAUGGCACGGGCGAUGUCUCACGCCGACAUGCUGAUGCCCAUCACGCCCGUGAUGGACCGCCACAAGAUGACCAAGAUGCACUCUCAGCCCAGUGCCUCUAACGACUCCUACAACACGCUGACGGUCAACCACCAAGCGACGACGUCUAAGAGGCAGGCGUUUGCCUCCCGACGAACACACACGGUGGACCACCUACAGUACAUUCCCGGCCACCACCACACAUACCGCACUGCCAGUAAGAACGAGGUAACUGUUUAG